AUGUCACCACCCACAAUGAGCGCAGGCAAGAUCUCACUAUCGCUCAGUGGGCCGAAGAAGCCGGCGCCUGCGAACGGCGUCAAGCGCUCACAUGCAGCGUUUCGCGACCAGGAUGAGGACGGGCAGGACGAAGGCCAGGCGCAGGAUGUGACGCAUUUCGACCGAGCGGCUGGCGGAGCGGUGGAUGAGAAGAGACCGACGCAGGACAAGGGUCCGAUGGUAAUUGCCUCGCAGAAGAAUCGCGAUUGGAAAGAAGCUUCUGUGAGGAACAAGAAGGCACGGUAUGCGCAGGUUGCGGAUGCGGAGAGAGGGGGGAAUGGUGGCAUCACGGAGGCGGACGUUGAGAGGAGCAAACCGACUUAUGGUCUCAAUAUUGCGAGCAAGAAGGAGGAGUCGAAUGAGGAUGAGGAGGCAGCAGGGCAGGAGAGUGAGAAUGCGACACCAAAUGAUACAGCAGAGGUCUCGCAGCAGCCCAGGACAGCGGAUGAAGAAGCCAUGGAUGCAUUGCUGGGCAAGGAGAAGGAGUCAACUCUCGUUCUCCCUGCGAUGAGCGAAGACCAGGCAUUUGACCGCGACUACAAAACAGCACCGGACAUGGCCAGCCUGGAAGACUACGAUCGCGUGCCUGUGGAAGAAUUCGGCGCAGCUAUGCUACGAGGCAUGGGAUGGAAGGACGGCGAAGGCAUUGGCGCUGAGCGAGGGAAGAAGGCGGUCAAGACGAACGUUCCCAAGCGCAGGCCAGCAUUACUUGGAAUCGGCGCAAAAGAAGAAGCGGCUGUCGCUGAUGAGAUGGGCGCGUGGGGCAAGGCAGCGAGGGCCAACAAGGGCGGUGAAGUGAAGAUCUACAAUCCUGUGCUGUUGAAGGACAAGAAAACUGGAGAGAUGUUCACUGAAGCAGAGGCCGAGAAGAGGAAGCAGAAGGAGGAGCGCGAGAGGUAUGAGAUGGAGUUUGAGGAGGCAGAAAGGAAGAAGAAAGAUAAAGAGGGAGAGCGGAAUGGUGGGCGCAAGAGAGAGUCCAGCCGUGAGAGGAAGGAGCGGAAGGAGAGGGAUCGUAGGAAGUACGACGACAGUGAUGAGGAAUAUUACAGGCGGAAGAAGGAGAAGGAGCGGAGACGGAGGGAUAGGGAGAGGGAGGAGAACGAGUAUUACCGUGAUCGUGAGCGUUCCAGGAAGCAGGACGGCGAGCGGGAGAAACGACGCGAUGAUGAUCGGAUCCGCGACCAAGAGCGACACCGCGAGCGACGUCGAUGA